AUGACAUCCUCCUCGCAGUCCCGAAAAACCGGAGUAUAUCCAAUGUCAUAUCCCAUGACACUAUCACGAUACCCAGAAAACCCGCAAAGCUUCAACCCAACGCCAGUAAGAAGCGCCAGCGGUGACGAAUUCCACUCACCGAAGUCCCAACCAGGUGCCGUAAUGUCGUUCGCAAUAGAUGAGCCUGCGUCCAUGGGGCAGGCCCCGCCGAGCCCGAGUCCCCCGCGCUCUGUUGAGACGGGGGCUGUUCAGGCGAUGGGUGGUAGGGGAAAGAAACGGCAAGAACAAAACCGGAACGCUCAGCGGCUCUACCGACAACGCAAAGCGCAAUAUGUGCAGGGCCUGCUCAGACACGUCGACGAGAUCAACAAGCGCCACACGUCCCUGCAGAGCUCAUACAAGGCGCUGUGCCACGAGACGGCCGGACUUCAGGGACAAGUCGAGGCUCUUAAAGAACAACUCGAGUUCUGGAGUAGGGUGGAGGUUGUACUUUUGAGCACGCCGGAGGGGGAUCACCCGAUUGCGGGUACAGGUGGCGAUGCACGUGUCAAUCCGGAUGUGGGUGGUGGUGGGGAGAUGGGGUUUCUGGGGGAGUCGUAUCCGCUUUAUCCGGAUUUGAGUUAUCAUCAGAUUGGGCCUUGA